AUGGACCUAGAGGAAUCUGGUCUGGAAAGGAAGUUGCAGUUACAGGAACUAGAAGAGAUGCGGUUGGACGCUUAUGAGAGUUCCCGCAUAUAUAAAGAGAAAACCAAGCAGAUUCAUGACCAGAAGAUACUGCGAAAGCACUUUCAAGCUGGUGACCAAGUACUACUUUUCAAAGCCCGAUUUGCACUCAAACCAGGAAAGUUUAAAACCCGUUGGGAUGGGCCAUACAGAGUCACCAAAGUGCAUGACUUCGGGACGGUAGAGCUACUUGAUGAGGCUAGUGGAUCAGAAUUCAAAGUCAACGGACACCUUCUCAAGCUCUACCACGACAGUACAAAACCUCCAUGA